CUAGUCUUCAGCCUGCAACAAAAGCAGUCCCUAAUUAGUUAAGGGUCAGGAGGAUCCACAAUUGAUAUUGUAAACAACCCCACUUUAGGCAGGCGACUGACACAAACGGACAGAGCUCCUUUGCACAUUCAAGGAACACACAUCACCAUCCAAUGGCGUUCAAGUCUCCACCCGCCAAAGUUCACAGCUAUGUCACCAAGUUAUUGAAGGCUAACCUGAUCAAAACGCCUCCUGUUUGGUACCCUGCCGCAUCCCUCGCCCCUCCUUCUCCUACAUUUGUCAGAGAGGGUGAUGUCUCGGGUGCUAAUCGUCAGGCGGAGCUGCCAUUUGAGACUGAGGAAAGGCUUCAGAAAGAAAAAGCCGAGGCUGCUGGUACUUCAUACACACCUCGGGGAAAUUCCGCAUCAGCACCCUCAUCAUCAAUAGUCCCUCGCUCAGCAAGGACAAAUAAACAUCUCCGGUGGAAGAGUUUGCGACCAAAGAAUUUGUACUAUCCAGAAGAUCGUCUUCGCCGGCGGUUCUAUGAAGAUCACCCAUGGGAAUUACGCCGUCCUCGCUGCUUGAUUGAGACUACAGGAGAUGGUACACGUCGGGACUGGUCGAAAUUGCUGCAGGAGGGUCGAUCCAUCUCUGAUCUGACUGGCGAAGAUGUGAUUCAGUAUCAGAUGUACCUCAUGUCGACAGGAAAAUCAGAGCGGGAAGCCUAUCAUAUUGCGACGGAAGAGUUUUAUAAACACAGAGCUCAGGAGGAAUCAGAAGCCCGUGUGGCCAAGGCUCAAGCCAUGGCUUUUGGACUCCGACCUCGCAGAAGCUUUGUCAUGAAUGGUUUGAAGCGUGAAGAGGAGGCUCUGCGGGAGGCAGAGAAAUCUGCAUCUCGUUUCUAAGUUGAAAAGGAAGGGUCUCAAUCUUUCUCUCUAAUCUAUGUAUUCCAAAGAAAUGUUGGAUGGUGUUGAUAUGUUUCUG